AUGCGUACUGAAACGUACUUAGUUCCUGAAUUUUACCCGAGGAUCGCCGGAAACAUGGUCCCGGAAUAUUUUCGGAGGUCCGAAACUCCCAAAAACAAGCUCCCGAAGCGGAACACACGAGUGCGCCGGGCACCGGCCAACGGGCGCGCCAGCCCCCCACCAAGGCGCGGGCGACAGCCCCUCGCCAGCGCGGGCGAGAACUCCCUCGCCCUCAUUCGCGGGCGGGGACCUCGCCAGCGCGGGCGGGGACCUCGGCCACCUGCGCGGGCAGCAGGCCCCUCGCAACCGCGCCCUCAACGGGCGAGGCCCUCCGCCGCGCCGGCGCGAGACCCCUACGCCCCGCCGCGGGCGAAACCUCUCGCCAUCGCUGGCGCCGGGCUGAGGCCUCCCGCGACCGCGCCAGCGGGCGAGGACUCUCGCCCCCGCGCGGGCGAGACCUUUCCCGCACCGCCGCGACUGGGCGAGGGGCCUUCUUCGCCCGACAGCGGGCGAACGGCCUCGCCGGCCGCCCACCGCGCCGUCACGAGGGCGAGUCCGCUCGCCCCAGCGCGGGGCGAGCCUUCUCGUCCCGCGGCAAUGCGAGUGGCCUGA